AUGUCCAGAGUUAUGUUGAACAGGAUACUGCAACAGCAGAGCAUAUUUCCUCGUCGAUGUGGACUGGGAGUGGAUAACCUGACUCGUGGCUUCCACGCCAAAACCAAGAGCCAGGAUGCUUCGAGUAUGUCCGAUUUGAAGAGCCUACUAAGUAAGGCAAGCGUGAGCGGAGAAACGAAGAGCUAUAAUGGUAGGGAAGAUGGAAGCUCGAGCAACAAGCCAUACAAGGGCAAACCGAGAGAGUUUAAGAGGGCUGAGUUUUCAUCGGGUUCUGGCACCAGAGAUGCGGGUCCAACAUCAUAUGGCAACAAGAAAUACCCACCGAGAGAAAAAGAGUUCAAGAACCGAGGUGACUAUGCCGAUAAGCGAUCGAAGUUCAAAAACAGCCCUGGCGGCGGAAAGUCCAAGAGGGAUUCUAAAAACACCUACAAAGCUCGGAACGGCUAUGAUGCCGAGGGUGAGAAGAGACAGAAGAAGAAGUUCCUGUUUUUGGAGAGCGGAAACGACAGAGACAAGGACGCCGCCAAGAGGAUCAUAGCGAUGGCGAUGAAGGAGAACGAUCGCGGACUAGUGCAGGUGAUCAAGGGCGGAGGGGUUGUCCAGGUGGUGAACGUGGUGGAUGCGUUCCAGGAUAUGGUCCUCAGUGAGAAAGGGAUAGUCAUUGUCGGCAACCGGAGCAUCAAAGCAGAUGACGCGGAAAAGCACGGUCUCGUGGUCGGCAGCAAGCUGCUGAUCCUCAAGGUUGUCGAGAGACAGCUGGCGAUCAAGCAGUACGGCGAGUACUUGAGCGAGCAGGUUGUGGAGAAGCUCAAGCUGAGCCGCAGCAACAUACUCGACAAGCAGAAGAAGAAGAAGGACGACGGCAGCAGCGGCGAGCUGAAAGUUGUGCAGAUUGCCUGGAACAUCAACCUGAACGACUUGACGGGCCAGAAGAAGUUCGAGAUCGAGAACCACCUCAAGAAGGGCAGCGACGUCGACAUCGUCUUCGACGAGCGCAGCUUUUUGGACAAGGACAACCACGGCUCCCACGGCGGCGCCAGCGGCGCCGACAGCGCCAGCGCCGACAAGAUGGAGGUCUACAGCAAGCGGCGCAAGGAGCUCAACGACGUCGAGCGGGCUCUUCGCAGCAAGAUGCUGGCGAUAGUCGAGGCCAACCUCCACGAGCUGCAGGGCCUCCCCGAAGCCAACGUGCUGCCGAAGAAGGGCUUCCUCGAGAGCCGCUUGCUGCUGCGGGUGAAGGGCAUCGAGCGCCCCGACGCCGACACCGACCGGGACGACAAGCGGGAGAAGCGCAGGCAGGAGAAGGCCCUCAAGGCCGAGAAGAUCAGACAGCGCCGGGAGGAGAAGGAGCGUCUUGCCCGCCAGACCCUGAAGGAGUUCACUCUCUAG